AAAAAGAGAGAAAGACCUUACUUCUCACCUUUCAUUAUGGAAACGAAAUCCGGGUCUGAUAUCCAUCUGCCGCCCGGGUUUCGAUUCUACCCGACCGACGAAGAACUCAUAGUACAGUACUUGAAGAACAGAAUCAGAUCGGCUCCUCUCCCGGCUUCCAUCAUUGCUGAGAUCGAUCUCUACAAGUUCGACCCGUGGGAGCUACCAAAGAAGGCUUUGUUCGGAGAGGACGAAUGGUACUUCUUCACACCAAGGGACAGGAAGUACCCAAAUGGAGCCCGGCCGAACAGGGCAGCAGGUUCGGGGUACUGGAAGGCUACCGGGACUGACAAACCCAUUCUCAGUUCUACUGCAAUGGCAAGUGUGGGUGUUAAGAAAGCUCUUGUGUUCUACAAAGGACGCCCACCUAAGGGAAUUAAAACUGACUGGAUCAUGUAUGAAUAUAGACUGCCUGAUACCGCGGUCUCCACUGCCAGGCAAAAAGGGUCUAUGAGGUUGGACGACUGGGUCCUAUGCCGGGUUAGGCAAAAGUGCAGCAGCCCUAGGAGCCUGUGGGAAGAUCGAAGUGCACCUAUUCAAGAACUAGCAGGGACUUUCCCGAAACAGAAUGAGCUGCUGCGAAUGAGUGCAGAUCUAUGCAAGACAAUGAAUAUGACAACUCCUAGUAUCGAAUUGGUCAACAAGCCAGGGAAUACAAACAACCAUAAUAAUGAUGACAUGGUGAGGAACUACUUCAGCAACCCUAAUGACGACGUGGUGAAGAAUUACCUGUACAAGGAGUGCCCCAUGCUGCCCUACAUAUUUGCAUCUCAAGAUUUUUCCUCCUGCACCACUAAACAACCAGCAGCAUCCAGCAUUAACUUUCAAGGCAGUGACAAGUCUAGCAUUUCGGGUUAUGAGGAGGAGUCUUCUGAUGAUAAGAACUUGCAAUUCUCAUCAGCUACUUCGCUCGAUAACUUCUUUAACCCACUGAAGCGGAAAGAUGUUGAAAGAGAUCAUCAGCAGCAGGAUUCUAGUUUUUACCUAGGCAAGAAGCCUAAAAAUGGAGAUUUUGACGAAGACGCCAUGAUAUCUAUAUGUGGAGACACCUUCGACAUCAACUUUUGCGGAGACGAUGAGUUUUAGAAUACUAAUGAUGGUGCUCUACAGCAAAACCAAUCAGGCAGAGUAUGAAUAGCUUCAUAACUUUAAGCUUCCCAAGCAACUAGACACCAGAGAAGGACCCACCAUACAAUGUAAUGUACAUAACUCCGUAGUAGGGUUCUUUGAGUGCAAAAGGAAAACUCCUUUAUGUUGAGAGUUGUUUCAGAAGAUCACUAGCAACUACUGCCCACAAAAAUCAGGUCAUUGAAUUUCUACAAAUUUGUAACAGCAGAAUUUUCUGGGGGGAGCUACCAUAUCUCUAAUACUUUAC